AUGACAUCAAGGCUACCCCCUACCAUUGUCGACGAGCAGGAGAUACUCCACCCUCACCACCGUGUACAGGGUUUGUCGGUGGUAGAAGAAGUCGACCCGUCGGUCGCAUCUGGAGGGCCUGCGUCGAUCUUCCUUAACACUGGACGAGGAAAAAAUCGCACUAGGAAGUCAGCAGCGUCUGCCGGCAGUCUCAGCGACAGCUCGUCCAGUGUCAAAAGACAGGAAUCCUCUCCAACUUUGACGCUCAUAUCGUCAAAGGGCUCCGCUGAUUCUAAUUAUUCGCAGCCUUCAUCGGACCUGUCGUUGGACGAGGAAAAGGAAAAUUUGCGUAGGGAGAAGGAGCGGGCGGCACUUAGUCAGCUGGAAAAAGCGAGGACCAGAUCGGUAGCAUUUUCCGUAAGAACCAACGUCGCUUACGACGGUAGUUUGGACGACGACUCACCGGUUCAUGGAUACGCUAUUUCGUUCGAAGUCAGGGAUUUUUUACAUAUAAAGGAAAAGUAUGAUAACAAUUGGUGGAUAGGUCGUCUGGUGAAAGAAGGCUGUGACAUCGGUUUCAUUCCAUCGCCAGUGAAACUCGAGAAUCUCAGACAGCAGCAGGCGCAGACUCGCACGAGUAAACUCUACUCGAGUAAAACUAGUUCGAGUUCGAACAUCGGAGCUGCGGGUAACGAUGCUUCGAGAGGUAGCACUCCUCCUACACCCGGUGAUGAGUCUGAUUCUAUGGGAAACCCCAGAGGCAAAUCACUCACCACUCCUCCAGCCAAAGAGAAGAAAAAACCGUUUUUUAAAAAACAAGAAACCACAGCACCUUAUGACGUAGUUCCAUCGAUGAGGCCUGUAGUACUAGUGGGACCGUCAUUGAAAGGUUACGAAGUGACCGAUAUGAUGCAAAAAGCCUUAUUCGAUUUUUUAAAACAUAGAUUUGAAGGAAGAAUAAUUAUAACCAGGGUUAUGGCCGAUAUAUCCCUAGCCAAACGAUCAUUACUCAACAACCCUUCCAAGAGGGCGAUAAUGGAGCGAUCCGCCACUCGUUCGACGUGUCUCAACGAGGUCCAAGCCGAAAUCGAGCGGAUAUUUGAACUGGCCACAACCAUGCAACUUGUGGUCCUCGAUUGUGAUACAAUAAACCAUCCUUCACAGCUUGCCAAAACGUCUCUAGCUCCUUGUAUUGUUUAUCUUAAAAUUACUAGUCCUAAGGUUUUACAAAGAUUAAUAAAAUCAAGAGGGAAGAGCCAAGCAAGACAUUUGAACGUUCAAAUGGUAGCAGCUGAAAAACUAGCUCAAUGUCCUCCAGAAAUGUUCGAUGUCAUCCUAGAUGAAAAUCAAUUAGAAGACGCUUGUGAACAUAUAGCAGAGUAUCUAGAGGCUUAUUGGCGAGCCACACACCCUGAAAUACCUAAUGUACAAAGAGCGAUAGCUUCAUCGCCACAGGCAUCGCCUAGUGGUGACCAAGGCAGACCAACUUUACCAGCGCACCAUGACGUAUACGGAAUGCAUCAUGAUUCUAGAGGCCACACGUUCCAAACGGCCCACGUGCGAAGCACCAGGACCAUAUUGGAGCGAGACCACGGUUACGAUGAGUACUCUGAAAAAGAUCACUUGAAUACUCACCCGUCAGUCCAUCAUCUACCACCGGACGAUUACAGAGACAGACCGUUGGACAGGGUACCGUCGCGUAACCUCCGUAGCAGAGAAGACAUAGAUUUCCCUACGUCACAUAAAAGCGCUUCUAGAAAAGCACUGAACGCCAUCUAG